AACUUUUAUUAAAUUCAUAUUAAUUGAAAAUAAGAUCAUCUUGCCUUCGAGUCGCACUAAUUGAAAAUAGAAAGACUUUUUAGUUUAUCGUUAAGUCGUACUAUUACAAAAAAUAAAAUUUUUCUACUCACCGGUGAAUUGCAUUAUUUAAAAAUAAAGAUGCGUCGAACUCAUUAUUAGCUACGUUCAGCAGAACGUUUAAUUUGCAACUGUUGGAAGUUUUCUGAGCUGAUCGGAGCCGAGCUAAGAUCGGAUUAUUCUUUUAGAUCUACAGGAAUAAUCCAAUUAAUUCAAAUAUCAGCACAGGAAACUUGCAACAGUUGCAAACUAAACAUUCUGCCGAGCGCGGCCAUUGAAUCAUACUGCGACCUGAAUUUUCACCAAAGACGGUGGCGGUUUAGAGCGGAGACUUGGGAACUAACAGUAAGUAACGGGUCUAGUCGUUAGACCCGCUAAAAAUUAUAGCGUUUUCGACUGACGCGCGACUUGAACGCUAUUAGACCCAUUACUUGUCAUUAGUUUCCGAAGUUUCCGCUACAAGUCGCGACCACUUGAUAAGAAUGGAGGUUGCAGUACGAUUCAACGAUAAGUUAGACAUCUUUAUUUACAAAUAGCACAGCUCGACAACUGAUGGGAUGUGGCAGAUGUAAAAGUUUGACGGACAAUCGGGCAGAAAUGCGUUCGAGAAUCAGCUGAAUGGUAUUCAAGGUUCUGCAUGCUCCAAGAAGAAUGUUCAACGAUGGAAGAACCUGAAGUGGUAGAACAUUUUUAUGGAGUAUACCUCUUGUACUGUGUAAAUCCAAAAUAUAGAGGAAAAACGUACAUAGGAUAUACCGUGGAUCCAAGACGUAGGAUCAAACAGCACAAUGCUGGCAGGAAGUACGGUGGAGCCUGGAAAACUAGUAACAAAGGGCCAUGGAAUAUGGUUUUGAUUGUUUACGGAUUUCCCAACAGUACUUCUGCGCUCAGAUUUGAAUGGGCCUGGCAACAUCCACAUGUUAGCAGACGGCUGAGACAUAUCCCCAAAAAGAAGAAAUCACAGAGGGUGUUUGACUUCUAUCUGACAGUUCUAUCCGAGAUGUUACAAGUUGGGCCUUGGUGCCGUUUACCGUUAACGGUACGCUGGCUGGACUAUGAGUUUUCCAAGGACUAUUGCGGAAAUAUAUCCCCACCGUUGCAUAUGCCUAUAUGCUACGGCAAAGUCGCCAGUUGUAAAGUCAAGCAAACGAAAGACGCGAAAGCUAACGAUGCUCGAUUACAAGAGUCACAGUCGGUGAUGGAGAGGUUGUGUCCUCUUUGUGGCUCGGCCAUGACGGAGAGAGACUCCAUCAGUUGCGUGAAACCGAAGUGCCUUUUAAUUGCUCAUUCGAUUUGCUUGGCAAAGGCAUUCUGCAAGGACGGGAUGAUUUUGCCGAUCGACGGCAUUUGUCCAGCGUGUAAAACCAGUGUCCUCUGGGGAGACCUCGUAAGAAAGAAGAACAGCUGUUACCAAGACCUACGAGAGGCCAAUACCGAUUCCUCUUUUACCGACAGUGACGAUAUUUAAAUGCGAGACAUCGGUGCACCGAUGAAUUCUUCGCAGUGUACAUUGGUUUACUGUGUAAUUAGCACGCGCCGUUUGGAACCGUUAGCGGAAUGCUCGUACGUGAUCAAACAGCGCCAUUCACGUCGGAACACUCGAAAUGUACGGGGGAAGAAUGAACGUGUCAAACGUCGGUCCCUUUUUUCUCGGUCACAAGUUCGUCACGUAACAGUUUCUUCCGACUGACCCGCACUGACGGUCGUUGCAAACCUACUCGCGUCUGCACACGAAUACUGUAUCGCUUGGACGGUAUCGUGUGAAAAAGAAAAGAUACUAAAAUUAAAAUAAAGAAAUAAUUUAUUGACCGACAUUUUUGACCGAUGCUUUUUCUUACAAAAAAACAUGAUGCAAAUAUAUAACUUACACUUAUUACGUGAUUAACUAAAUUAAUUAAAUUAAAUACACGAAAAACUAAAACUAAACGAUGCUACUGGCGGUUUCGGAAGGUUUGGUUUUAUCCUGUUCGACGAAUGAACGAGUUUUCCGCCGUUGCUGCUGAAACAAUGAGCGCAAAACGCGAUUUGACGUAACGACGCUUCGUUCCCU